AUGGCCCCAGCCAAGAAAUCAUCCUCGAAGACGACUCCGCGCUCUGCACGCGCGCCACGCAAGCGCGCAUCACGGUCGGAGCGCGUGCGCGCAUCCAGAGCGCCGCCCAACACCGCGCCCAAGGAGCCCGUCGUGUACAACUCGCCGUACGCGUACGCGGUGGCGGAUCCGGCGGUGUCCCCGUUCACGUUCGACAACAUAAUGGCGGCGACCACGAGCGAGGACACCGCCGUGAGCUUCCUAAUGCGUUACGGCCUCCUCGCCUCCUCUAAGACAUGCGAGUACUGCGACUAUCCCAUGAACCUCGGCCACCCGGACAAGGAGCUCAGCCUGAAGAAAGGCUCCUUCUUCGACGGCACCAAGCUAGCGUACCGCACUGUGCUGCGCCUGAUGUUCUUCUGGGCGUCGGACAUCCCCGUCGGAACCGCGGAGCAGUUCCUGGGCAUCUCUGACGUCACGGCGAUCGACUGGUACGGCUUCUGCCGCGACAUCUGCUCCGCCGAGAUGCUGCAGUACAGCAUGAUGAUCGGCGGCGUGGGCCACACCGUCGAGAUCGACGAGACGAGCCUAAAGAAGAAGUCCAAGUUCGGGCGCAGCAAGCAGCACGAGGACUACUGGCUCUUCGGCGGUGUCGAUCGGGCCACGGGGCGGUGGUUCGGCAUCGUCACCGGCCCCGACCGCAAAAAGAAGACGCUGUCUCCUCUCAUCGGCAAGCAUAUCAUGGCCGGGUCGACCAUCAUCUCCGACCAGUUCUCCUCGUAUGUUUCUGUCAACGGUAAGCAUACGUUGGAGAACAACAAGUGGCUAAAGGGCAAGAACUACACCCACAAGUGGGUCAACCACGACAAGUUCUUCGUGGACCCCAAGACGGGGGCCCAUACGAACCGCAUUGAAGGGGCGUGGGAAGUGCGCGUGAAGCGCUACAUCAAGGCUAUGCGCGGCGUCCCCAAGGAGCGCCUGGACCAGUAUCUGGACAUGUACCUGUGGAAGUCCUGGUACUUCAACGGCACUGUCCCGAAGUGCCAGUACCUUGACGGCCUCGUGCAGGGCAUCCGCAAACACUACCCAGUUUAG